ACUUCUUAACACAUUUUCUCUCUCUCUUUGGAAUCAAAAUCCAAACUCAUAAUAAUAGUAAACAAAUUACUACAAGAUUCUUAACAAAUAUUAACUCAGAUUUUCUGCUUAUUUCAUAAAUAAUAUAUACACUCUAAUGGCUGCUGUUUCUUCUGUUGAUUUCAAUGGAGCUAAUCUGAAAUUGAAUCAAUAUGGUGAAGAACAAGAAACAGCAUUUUUAUCGGACUCUGAUUCUGAGAACACAUUGAUACCUGACAAAAGACUAAUAAUAAUUGGUCAGGAUGUUGGUGCUGAUGAUUUAUUGAUUUCUGACAACACCAUGGACUACGAUUGGCUUCUUUCACCUCCUCGUAAUCCAGUAGUCUCGCUGGAAGUGGAAGAGCAAAAAACACUUGCAUGUCACAGUCUGAUAUCUGAUGGUCAAUCUUCUUCCCCAGAUUCCAAAGUAGAAAACCUCCCUACAGAUAACACUUCAAUGACCAAUAUAGCACCUAAACUUCCAGCAUCCUCCAGUGGUGUUAAAUCAUUCAAUGCCACCAUUAGACGACCAUCGCCAGCAAGAAAGGCUCCAUUAACUGGAUCUAGAUCCUCAACACCAACAGCGAGGCCCACUCUACCUUCAACAACAAAACCCUUGCGAUCAUCAACUCCUACAUCACGUGCCACAGUUGCUGCCACUAAGCCUGUGGCUCCAUCAAAGAGGUCCAUAACUCCUACAGCCCGGCCCUCCAUACUUGCUGCUCAAUCUAAGUCAAUAUCAAGAUCUUCCACCCCGACGAACCGACCCUCCGUAGUUGCUGCUACCAAAUCAGCAUCAAGAUCAUCAACCCCUACCGCCCGACCUUCAAUUGUUUCUAUUUCAAAGUCAACAUCAAGAUCUUCAACCCCAACGGCCCGGCCUUCUAAUUCAUCUGGUUUACUUAACACAUCUGUCAAUGGAAGUAGCUCUUCUUCAGCAGUCAAAGCACGUGCCCCAUCACGUGGUAGUUCCCCAUCAGUUAAAUCAAGACCAUCAAAAAAUUUACCGGAGAAACUGGAAAGUACAAAGAAAUCAAUGCCUGAAAGGUCUGCUUCUUCAUCUAAGGAAAGGCCAAGUGUACCUACUGUCAAAUCCAAUGCGACUGAAAUUAACGUGAAAGCAAUACCUAAGAGGACCUCUUACUCUCCUUCCAGAGGGCAUAUUUCAAAUGGCAGUGUUAAAUCUGGGGUAACAAGGAGUCGUGGAUAUUCAAAUGGGAAUGAUGAUGUAAACCCAGUAUUGAUGGGUACUAAAAUGGUUGAAAGGGUUGUAAACAUGCGAAAGCUGGCUCCACCGAGACAAGACCACAUCUCUAUACAGAAUAAUACGGCUGGAAAGUUGUCGGUGUCACAAGACAACUCAGGAUUUGGAAGAUCACUGUCUAAGAAAUCGUUAGAUAUGGCUUUGAGACAUCUGGAUAUAAGGCGAAGCAUGCCAGGCAACAUGCGUGCAAUGAUCACAAAAGUUCCAGCUUCCUCUGUGUAUAGUGUGAGAUCCGAGUCAACAAAAACUCACACAAUCAACGCUUCUGACUCUCCUCUUGCAACAAGUAGCAGUGCUAGCUCUGACCACAGCGAGAACGGGCAUUCCUACCAUCAAUGAUUAGACAGUAUUCCUCCUAGAAAAUGGGUAACUUCACGUUACCUUAUUUGUAGAAAAUAUUUAAGAUACGACACUAGUAUUUUUAUAUAGUUUGAGAAGUGCAACUGGAUUUAUCUUUUUCAAGAAUCCCUUUGCUGGUGGUUUGAAUUCUUUGCCAAUUCGAUUGAAAGAAACUGCCAUCUUUAGUGACUAGGAAGAGUUGGUUGAUGAUGUUCAUGUUGUUGUGAACUACUACUAUUUAAUUUUAUUACAUAAGUUACUCAUUUCGA